AUGAACGCCUUUAUUGCGGUCGUUCUUCUGAUAAGCCUUUGUGCAGUAGUCAACGCGAGUUACGACUAUGCCCCUAAAUACAACAAAUUUGGGUAUGUUGCUGCAAAAGUCGCCACGGGAAGUUGCCCGUAUGGUUGGUCACUGUACCACGGGAGCUGUUAUUAUUUCAGUCGAGACAGACUUUCAUGGUGGCAGGCAGAGAUGAAAUGUGCUUCCAUGGGAGGAUUCCUGUGUAAUGUGGAUGAAGCUCAUGAAAAUACAUAUGUCAGGCAUCAUCUGGCCAUGUAUGGAGUGUCCCCUGGAGCAUGGAUGGCCCUAAACGACUGUCUUUACCCUAACGCUCACAGAUGGAGCUGGGGAUUCACAAAGAGGCGAUGCCACAAGUUUGACUGGUAUGGUAGCGAGCCCGUGUACCAUAAAAAGGGAGACUGGAAUUGUGGAGUUUUCUGGCAGCAUUACAAAUACCAUUGGCAUGUGGACAGCUGUGCUCAUAGGAACUACUAUGUCUGUGAAAUGAAAUUGGGAAAGCCUUGCAAGUGCCAAUACUAGAUGUUAUAUAUUACAUAAAUUAACAAAUAAAUCCA